CUCUCAUCCGCCGAGCAGCGCGAGUUGCAGAACCGCAUGGAGAAGAAGCAGAUGAAGGAAUUCAUGAACAUGUACUCCAACCUCGUGCAGCAAUGUUUUGACAACUGCGUUAACGGCUUCGAGAGCAAGUCGCUCACCUCGCGGGAAGAAGGAUGCAUCAUGAAAUGCGUUGACAAGCACAUGAAGGGCUCACAGCGCUUGGGCGACCGGUUCCAGGAGCAGAACGCUGCAAUGGCACAAGGACAACAAAGUGGUUUCGGUCGGUAA